UUGGUCCAGAAUCUCCUAACCCAACGAUAGUUCCUAAAAAUACCUACUUUAAUUAUGAAGAUAUAAUUAUUUUUCCUUCGAUAUAUAUAAAAGUAGUGUAAAGUGAUAAAUAUAUUAGAAUAAGUGUUCAACAAAAAGCGAUCGAAGAAAAUAAUGUCCGUGACAGUUUCAAACUCAAACGUGUUUAUAAAAAGCCCAAUGAAUCUACCGAUGAAGACGGAGUUUGAAGAAUAUAACGGUGAAGACAACGUCAAAAUGGAUCAGAUAGAUAAUAACUCAAGCGAUGCCAAUUCAGAGUCUAGCGACCUCGAAAACAACGGACCUAAUGAAGAAGUUAAUAAUACAGCGCUAGAUUUUACUGAGAACGCGUUUUCUCUUCACCCGGUCGCAGAUUUUAUUAAAAAAGAGUUCCUACCCGAUUUUGACUUUGCGAAUCCUUUUCGGAAUCAGAAUUUUACUUUCAAAGAUGGCUUCCAAAAUGCUCGUUCUCCGUUUUUGCUGCCGACGCAGCUGUAUAAGAAUUUCUUGGCGAGCCUCGGGAAGAGGAGGAGGAACGUCGCUGAAUGCUAUUCGUUGUAUCAGAGGAACAUGCUAUUUUCCAAUGGAUUUGGCUUGGAGGUGUCGGAUGAUGAGAAUAAUGUCGACAGGACGACGGAGUCUCCUGAUGAGAAGGCAGGCGCCUCGUCCGCGUUCGUCUGGAGCGGGGGAGGGGGGCAGGAACAGGCAGCCCCCCAGCCCGCCGCCGUGCCUACUGGCACGUCAGGCGGCGGCGGGGCGCAGGGCCUAGUGCACUGGAUGUCGGUGAUGGCGGAGCACAUGGGAGGGGGCCACCACGACCCCUCCCAUUACGCGCUGCCACCGUGGAACAAUGGCGGAGUCGAUCACUGCCAACAAAAAGAUGGCCUGGAGUACGCCGCGUGGUCUCGGCCACGAGGCGUCAUGGCCAUCAAACAGGGCUACGAGGCCAAAAUGAGCACGGGCGAUGGCACCGUCGGCGGUCACCAGAAAGCCGACGAACGGCUCGGACACCAUCAGUCCAUGAGCCAGAUGCUGUAUGGAGCUGGCCUAGGCCCAGGACGAUCAGGUUCCUCGUCCUCCUCACCCGUCGGGGGCACCAACACCGGCAGCGGCCUGCUCGUGGUCCCGCAGCCGCUCGGCAAGGGGCCCGCGAAAUUGCAACCCCUGCACGCCCACGCCAGGAAGUACCACUGCAAGAUGUGCCCUCAGGUGUUCGGCUCGAAGGCGGACCUGCAACUGCACACGCAGAUCCACCUGCGCGAGGCCAAGCCCUACCGCUGCACGCAGUGCCCCAAGGCCUUUGCCAACUCCUCCUACCUCGCGCAGCACUCCCGCAUCCACCUCGGCAUCAAACCCUACCGCUGCGAAAUCUGCCAGCGCAAGUUUACCCAACUCUCCCAUCUCCAGCAGCACAUACGCACGCACACCGGUGACAAACCCUACCGGUGCACCCAAAUAGGUUGCACCAAGGCCUUCUCCCAGCUCUCAAACCUCCAGAGCCACAGCCGCUGCCACCAGACCGACAAACCUUUCAAGUGCAAUUCCUGCUACAAAUGCUUCACCCACGAGAAGGAUCUGCUCGAACACAUUCCCAAACACAAAGAGUCCAAGCAUUUGAAGACUCACAUCUGCCAGUAUUGCGGCAAGAGCUACACCCAAGAAACUUAUCUAAGUAAGCACAUGAACAAGCAUGCCGAGCGAGCCGAUAAGCGGCCCCCGAUAUCCGCUUUAGGAUUGAGCGGCUUAAACAGGUCUCUGGCCGCAGCGGCGCCGACGGCGACUCCGUUCGGCGACCAUCCGUACUGGCCUAAAGUCAGCCCGGAUUCCGCGGCGCAUAUGUCUGAUGAUGGUGGCUAUCAUCAGCAAAGAGAGGAGGAGCACCACGAGCAGCAGCUGCAGCAGCACCGAGCGCUGUUCGCGCAACACGAAGCUCAAGAAGAGCGAUCCUUGCAGCCGCCCGUUUCUGCAGCGAAUUCGGCAUUCACGCCGAUUAACUCCAUGGCGCCGCAUUUGAACGGGCUGUCGCACCACAGCGCGCUGCCGGCGCGGCCGUACCUGUACGAUCCGCUGCACUUCCAGCAGGGCAAGCAGCAGCCGAACAGCUUCCCCAACCAGCUCAUCUCGCUGCACCAGAUCCGGAACUACGCGCACCAGCCGUCCGCGGCGCUGCUGCCGGCUGAGCACAUCCUCCCUCACGCGCUCUCACACAAAGAUAAACAGUAACUCGCAGCUAGCUACUUCUAGUACUUACGAUGGUAUUAUUAGUAUAAUUAACGAAAUAUAUAAUAUUUAGAAUCUCGCUCUCGAAGACAGUGGUAUUAUGAAUGUAUGAAAUACGAACGUUUUUGUCGUUUAUGAAAAUUCAUGUUUUUAGACUAAAAUUGAUAUCGUGUAUUGAAUACUCUGAAUUUUUGUGAGUAGAUUACAAAUGUACUGGGUAUGAAAUGUGAUUUCAAGGAUUUGAAUCAUUCAUUGAUAGAGAUUUUGAUUAGUUUUCUGAAAGUGGAUCCCCUUUUGUCCGUAGCUGAGUUAGUUGAACCAUUUCUGGUGGAACAUAGAACAAGCUUGGUUGAUUUUCUAAUUUUGACUGCGAAUCAAAAACUAGAUAUAAUUAAAACUGCUUUAAAGAAAACUAAUCGUUAAGUUUAGCAAUAAUAUUAUUUUCUGUACAUAUACCUUCGAAGUUCCGAUCCCAGUUUAAACUUGGUGUUAAUAUAUUUGGUAUGAAUGCAAAAGAUAGGACAAUGUAUUUAUUUAAGGCUUUUAAAUUAUCAAUAUCCCAGUAUGCGUUACACACAAAAAUGAAAGUUCCUGACAAAUAAAAUUAUACUUAGAGACAGUAUAUGGUCUUGAAAUCACUAUGUUCGGUUUGUAUUGCAUUUUGUAUACGUUAGUUGUAUCUCGCAGAUCUCUCUACACAUCACUUUCGCACUCAGUUCCUACUUAGUUCAUAUUCAUUUAGUUUAUCGUCUACUGUUGGCACUUAUGAUUUUUUAAGUAUUAUCCUUAUGGAAAAUGUCGUCUUCCUUUUGGCCCCAACGCGCCGGAGGUCGAAUAUAUUUUCAAAAAAUAACUUAAGCAUUUCCAUUUUGUAUAGAAAUUUUCAAGUGGCCAAAUUUGCUUACGAUUCGGUAUUGACACUUUUUGUACAUAUUUUGUAUAUACGAAACCAAUUUUUUGAAACCAUGAAAUUUAUUGACAUGUUUUUUUAUUAUUUUAGUCUAAAAAGCUUGUGCUCAAUUAUAUUAGCCGUGGGUCUCGGCCGGCGGGUUCAGAACGUACUUAACGAAAUGACAUUUCAAUCUGUUGAUUUAAAAACUUAAUUUAGACUAAGUUUUGGAGUAUACGAAAAUUGUUGAUUUGGUCUUUCUGCACAGUUGUGUAGUUAAAGAGUAUUAUGUGAUAGGAGAAAUCGGGAAAGACGAUGAAAUAUUUUUGGAGGAAUCAUACUUUGUUCAUCAAGCGCGGAUUAGGUUAGUGAUGCGGGCGCCGGUCUGUCCGCUCACGCUACACGCGGCGACACAAGUUUUGAUCUCUGCUUUAGAUCCUCGAAUUUAGCCUCUAUUCCUUCCUGCACAAGGAGACAACCUAAACCAGCGCUCAAGGCCCCUGUCGCCGUCUGUACAGUUGCUAAUUUUUAAGUUCUUGUACAAAUGGUUCUUGUUUCUUUAGAAUAACAUGUACGGCAAUACUUGAAUCUUCCCAAUCGUUGUGUUAUAUGUCAAUAUUAGUGCGUGAAUUUAAAUGUAUAAAUAUUCAUCAUGACAAGCCAAGAGUUUAUCCAAAUUUCUUUGGUAUAGAAGAAGUUAAAGAUCGCCAAUAUCUCUCUAUUGUAAGUAGAAAUGUGAUAUUGUAUUUGAUUUUUUUAGUUAAGUGUACACUUAUUAUUUAGAUUAAAUGAAUAUUUUUGUAAGUAAUUUCGUUUUACGUUAGUUUCGCUUUGUCUAGCGUUUUAGGUUCAGAUCAUAGAUGGAAGUGAACGAAAUCUUUUUUGUUACUUAAAAUCGAUUAAAAUUACAACUAUGCCAAGAUCAA